AUGUCGUGGAAGAACAACUGCUCUACAAAUGACCUUCUACGACCUAGCAAGCGACAAUCAUUGAGAGUCCUCGCUCUCUCCCGGCAUACAUGGGCCACCCUGCUUGAUGCAGCACGCAUUGCGACGCGUCUCCCACAGUCCUGUAGCAAUAUCAGCAACCUCCUAAGUCGAACGCCUUCUUUACCUGAAAGGCAAGAAGUUGAUGAGAUUGAUGAAGGCGCUGUGUUGUCCUUGGAAGGAUAUUCACGGUGGAGAAUUACCUCCUCUCGAUGCUGCGAUCUCACAUCAAAACUCAAAACUUCCCCCCGACAGAGAGUCAAUAUCGGAGUGCCUCAUCCUAUCUUCUGCGACAUUUCCGAUGAGUUUGCUCAGGCUUGGUUGGGCUUCGAACAUAUGCAGAAUUGCUCAUCCGGUGGCAACUAUCUCGCCGCUUUCGUCUUAGGCUGGUCUUAUAUUCUUUCCGCUCGUCUUAUUGAGCUACGCAAGAAGACGACAGAUGAUCAAAUCAUAUAUACCGAUAAGGAAGCGAGAUACUAUUGCGAUGACAUAAACCAUCCUUGUGACGGUUUCACGAUCCCGAUUGGUAACGUGAAUGCGAACGAGUGUCGGUGGUGGGCGGCGAUUCUUGCAGGAGAUGGUGGCUGGCGAGCAACUUUCAACCGCUCUGGCAAAACGUACUAUCCUCCGUGGGAAUGCCACUUGAAUCACAAGGCACGGUUCAAUAUCCAGUACGAAGGAGCCUCCCGUCUAUCACAGGAUGUGACACAUCCACCGUCUUCUGGUGAAGCACAGAAAUAUCUUUGCAAUUUUGCUCGGUUGCAUAACGCUUACGAUCAACUUGUAGCUGCCUUCGUUGCAGCGUUAACGAUACCGAGUCAUCUUAGGUUUGGUGCGCCCGUCACCCUCCCUAAGCCGAAGCCCAUGGAACACAGCAGGAGACAAGGGUCGGUAUGUGGAACAUACGUUCCAUCUACAGACCAGCUUCCUCGUUUCAUGUUUCUGGCAUACAUGCCUAAUAUAUUGCCUUCGUGUUUGUUUGGCUGUUUUUGGGACCCCGACGUAUAUUGCAAUGUAGCUGGCGAAUGGCUUCAUCCAAUCUUGAGGGAAACAUUACCACCACUUAUCCAGGAGAAGAAUUACGAGGUCAUUAUCAGAAUGAUGGCUGCCCGUCAGCCAAGUUCGGCGCCACUAUGGUUGGGCGCAGCAAUAACCGGAAUGCUACCGAGGACACUAUCCAUUCUGUCCAGUUUUAUGCCGCGAAGCUGCCCCGAAGCGGCUGUGUGGAUGAAUUGCAGCCAAUCAUUCAUGGAUCCGAUGUUCCACAAAGAGCUCCGAAUUUCAGAUAAUGCCACACUAGGAAGAGUCAUUUGUCGUGAGGAUGAGUUUCGCCUCUUAUACCUUACUGACCUCGAGUCUGACCGUUACGGAAUGCCGCCCCUCAGCCCUUAUCCUCCUUUUGGAGUCGUCAGAAUGAACGAAACUGCCCUUGAAGUUCGAUUGCACGCAUUCUGUGGACAUGGACUUGAUUACUGCCACUGGGCUUGGCGGAACCAUGGCCGACCAGAUCUGAUCGAUUCAAUUGCAAUGACUGGGCUGCGCCAGUUCCUAUUACGGCUCCGAAAAAAGUCAUAUAUAUUUUGCCAUGUACUCCUAGGCUUAGCAUGGCCCUUGGAAAAAGCUCUUCCGUGUGAGAAACUAUCCGAAAUCGCGACUCGAAAUGUCUUUUUCUGGACGUUCUUCCCCGACGGCGUGAGACCAGAUGAGAUGCCGCUGUGGAGACAUGAAUGGCUUAAUAUUUUACUAGACCAGGAAUCGGAUGAUGAAAGUAUGUCAGUCACAUCAAGUGAGGAAGCGUAG